AUUCAGCUAGAGGGCAGAAGUAUACCCAAACGCACCCUUAAGGGUUUGGGUUCCCUCCGAAGCUUCCUUUCGAAAACACCUCAAAAUUUGACUUCUGCCAACUUUCCUUUUGAAAAGUUCGACUUUUCUCUAGAAAACCCAAAAUCCCUCCAAACGCGAUCCACUUCGAAGUUAAUGAAGCAUGUUUCUGAAGUAGCCGAGGUGGCUCCGUCUGCUUUCCGAAAUGAAGAAAUGGCUGACGUAGAGGAGAUCUGCAGCAACCAGUCCAAGUCAAAGGCGAGAGGGAAAACUGCCGAUGUUGAUGAGGAGGAUGAUGAUGUACCGGAUGCCGGGUUCCUGAUGAAGAAGCAAGGGAGCGGUGGCCUAAGCGCUACGAGGGAAAGAAGAACAAGAGAGGGUGAGGAUGAUGAGGAGGUUAUUCAAGCACGGAGGCAUUACACUCGGGCAGAGGUUGAUAGGCGAGUUAUAUAUGAUCUCAAUGAUGACGCCCAUGUGCAGGUAUGUUUAUCAUAUGAAUUUGGAUGUCUGAUAGAAUCCAAUGUGCUGGGUUCAUCAAAUCUCCAUUCAGCUAAAAGUUCCUUGUUCGAUCAUCGUCCCCUGGAAUUGAAUACAGAUGAUCAUCAACGUGUUUGCCAGAUCCCCAAGGGGAAGGGAGCAAAUUUUAGAGAUUUGCCAGGUGUUCGAGUGCUUCCAGAUAACAAAGUUGAAUGGGAUCCUGAUGUUCCAAGGGUGAAUUUGGAAUCAGGGAAUCCUCUGAAGGGAGGAACUGAGAGAGGAUUUGGAGGAGAAGGGAGACACACCGGUGGAGUUACCUCAUUUGCUUCGUUUGCUGCACUUUUGUUGUUGCUCUUGGUGCAGCUCUGCUUUCAUUUCAUUUUGCUGCCAUUUUGUGCAGCUUUCUUUUCAUUUGCUGCUCUUGGUGCAGCUUUCACACCACAACUCCAACAGAACCUCACAAUAUUACAUUCUAAACAAUAACAGAUCCAAGAUAAUUUCUUGAGAUUGAUGAACUGGUCAUCAUCUAAGUAAGCCUUUCGAGGUUUGUUUUUAUCAUGUAUUUGUUUCAAGUUUUCGGCUUAAUUAUCUAAACCCUUUGAAUCUGCAUAGGCCGUUUGGUCGUCUAUGGUGGGAUGAAACAGUACCAACUGUUGUCACAUGUGCAAAACCUCAUAACCAGGUUACAAUCUCUUCAUUUAUGGUUUAAUUUUCUAUUAGACCACCUCCAUACAUAUUUUAGACUGUUGUCUGAGCUAAGACAAGGAUGCGUCUUCACCGGUAAUUCUACAUCCUGAACAAGAUCGUGUCCUUUCAGUUCGGAAAAAUGCAAGACUCAAGGGAUCCCCGGAUUAUUACAAGCUUUUUGGGCCUAUUAAAGCGAGGUACAGAGU